ACUAAAUGGAUUUAUUUGGAUUUGGGUAAAAUUACCCAUGGGUGGGUAAUUGCCAUAUGCAACUUUGCUGAAUGGAAAUUGGAAACCGGUUCCCAGCUGAAUGGGUUUCCUUUUCUAAAUCGAAGAUCAGUACGACACGGACACGCCAGAGCUCGUCAGAGAGAGAGAGAGAGCCAUCGCAUUCCUUCUGCCCAACUCAACUCCGCCAUUUUUGGAGCUCCGAGAUUUUCCUGAUUUGAACUUUUCGGGUGAGAGAUUUCAGGAGCGGGAAAUAUUUGAGAUUCGUUUGCUUUCCGCAACUCCGAUUGCGAUUCAAUUUUUUGUCCAACCGCGAGGAAUCAUGAACUGCGAAGUCUGCCAACUCAAAGAGCUGGAAGUGGAGCACUUCGAGAUACGGGAAGUUCUCCGCUGCAUAUUGCAUACGAUUGUGUUCCAUCGAGCUUUAGGGCUCGUCCGUCCCAAAGUCAUUGAUUUAGAGCUCUUUGACAUUACAUAUGUGCAAUGUGGGGACGGUGAACUUGAAAAGAAAAUUGACGAGAAGAUUGAGCAGUUCAUUAGCUGGGUAGAGAAACACCCAAAUAAGAAGAGCCAGGUCUGCAUAUCCUUUUAUGAGGUGAAAAACAAGCAUCCUUCAUGGUUCACUAACAAAACUGAACGGCUUUAUUGGGAACAAUGGUAUAUCAAUUUGAAUGUGAGCCAGCAACAAAAAGUUCACUCUGGGAAGUCUCAUCCUUCAAAGAUAGUGGUGGAUCCUGGAGAAAAUUCGUUGGAGGAGAGGAGCAAUCGCAGGGCAGCACUUGAAUCUUCUCUUCGUGAGGUUUUGUUCCAGAUAAUAAAAUUUGUGAAUGAGAAGAAGGAUCAUGUGCCUCCUAUAUCUGAUGGUGUCGUUUAUUUCCCUUAUGAAAUUACUAUUCCAAGUUCAUCAGAUUCGGCUUUUGGGAUGGACAUGAUCAAGAGGAUGCUGCAGACUGGGCAUCCAACCAUGCUCAGCUGAUUUCAAAUGUUCAAAGAAAGUGUGGCUGCUGAAGAAAGAGAAGUUUCUUACUGCAGCUGAAGGUACAAGCUCAUGAUUAAAGCCUGAACCAAAUAUGAACCAGUGCAGCAACUAUUGCAACCUGUUUCUGUGAAAAAGAAAUGUAAAUAUCAACUUGGACUCUGCCUCCUAAGGCCUCCUAAGGGUUUCUCUGCUCUUAGUUCUUUAGCCUUCGGCGGUGCAUAGAGUACCGUGUAGAACUGUAUAUAACUUUCCGAUUUUGUUUAAUCAUUCUAGAAGUAUAUCCACAAUCCAUAAAUUAUAUUCUGAAAAUGAACCCAAUUGUACAAUCGUAUUAUUCAAAGCAUUUGCAAGCACUUGCAGACUAUGAGUUUCAGAAUGAAACUAAUGAAAAAAU